CAGUGGAUUGAAGACCCUACCGCUUUGAUCAGGCCAUCAACAAAAGUUCAACAACAAAACUCACAUUUCUCGAUUAGAAAACAAAGCGGGUGCAGCGUAGCUAUUAUUUUCAAUAGGUUUUUCGAAAGAAAUCAAUUCCAAAGUUUAGAAGCCAGUCAAUUGCCGUUGGUUGCUAUUCUCAUUCAGCAGAAAUCAUGGAUGAUGGCGAUUUCGAUAAUGAUGAUGUUGGAGGAGACGAUUUUGAUGAUGAUGUGGAGGAUGACAAUAUCGAUGAAAUCAAUCAGGAGGAAGAUGGAGAUAACAUUGAGCUAAUCACACCCGGACAAUCUGGCGGAGGAGUUCCAAAAUCGAAACGGAUAACUACCAAAUAUAUGACUAAAUAUGAAAGAGCUCGUGUCCUAGGAACCAGAGCGUUGCAAAUAGCAAUGUGCGCUCCAAUAAUGGUUGAACUAGAAGGAGAAACUGAUCCUCUGCAGAUCGCUAUGAAAGAACUCAAGCAGCGAAAGAUUCCUAUUAUUAUUCGACGAUAUUUGCCGGAUUCCUCUUAUGAAGAUUGGAGUAUUGACGAGUUGAUUAUCAUCGAUCAUUAAUUAACUAUGUAAGAUUAAUUUUAGUUGUUUUAAUAAGCACGUAAUAAACACAAAAAUCUAUCGCAUUGUCAAUGAUAAAUGUAAA